AUGGAGAAGGGCGCGGCGAUCAAGUGCGUGAUCAACGACGAGCCAGCGACAGAGAACGAGGCGCCCGAAGAUGCGGAAAGCGAGAACAAUGGAGCGUACUGCGCCAAGCUCAUGGACGAUACAGCGAUACGAGCGCUUCGGCGCGCGCUCGAGAGGACGACCGUGUCGAUCGAGACACACGGCCAUUUACGCGAGUUUCAGCGCAAGCCAGAGGAGCCACAUCCGCUGCAGUAUACGUCGCUCAAGCGCGAGGCCCACAAAGUCCAUGAGCUGCAGACUCCCGUGCUUCCACACCGCCCGGCCUCGGCGCGGCCGACACCGCCCGCUGCCCAUGUCAGUCGCUCACGUCCGUCCACAGUACACAGCAGUGCGGCCUCCAACAACAAGCUGCGCCGGUCGUUCCAGGUCGUGCUCGCGGAAGAAAAAGCCAAGUACUCAG